CCCUUUAUCAAAUACUUUAUUCAGAAGAAAAUUUAAAAUAUUGAAAAAUUCAGAUCUAUAUUUUUUAUGUUUUACAUCUUUUAUAUGCCUAGAUUUAAAUAUAGUCUUAACCUCAAAAUAUAAUGUAAGAUAGGUACGCAGAUUUUAAUUGAAGUUUCGGUCAGUAGAUAAAGUUUUUAUUUUUCAAAUACUUUACUUAUUUGGGUAAGUGCGGUGUACAUUUGAAACUCUUCUAAAAUAAAAAAACAUAAAAAACAUGUGUUUUUGUUUAUAAUCUAUAUAAAAUAGACGCACUUGUAGUUUAAACCUAAAUUUGGUGGCGUCUUUAGUUACAUCUGAUCUAGAGUAAUCUAGACUUGAUAUAUAUAUAAUAUACUUAUAUAGCUCUAAUCUACUAGAACCCAGAUAGUUCUAGAUGUAAUCUGAUUUAGCCAAUCCAGGGAUCUAGAGCUAUAAGUAGAUCUAGAAUCUAGAUUCUAGAUCUAUUAGUAUUUGAAAUUUCCAAAACAAUGUGAUGAUUAGUGAUUAGAUCAAUUAUUAUCAAUUAUAUUUUUUAUUCUAAUUCUGAGCAUGACUCAUGAUGGAUGAAGAUUUUACUCAAGUGCUUCCUUCAGAAUUAACAUACAAAAUUUUAUCCUUUUUAAAUGCUGAGGAACUGGCCUCAGUCCAGAAAGUAUGUGUUCAGUGGAGAGAACUUGGAAAUAGUGAUUUCUUAUGGCACCAUCAAUGCAUUUUGAAAGGGUGGGAGAAAUAUGAAUCCAAUCCACCAAUUUUGAAUCUUGAGCCAAUGUAUGCUUGCCACUACAGUUCAACUGGAAGCUCUCCUCUGUUUGACCUUAAAAUUCCAGAGUGUACAAGACUCUCUCCACUAUGUAAAUGGAAACAUAUCUUCUUACGAGUCGCUCAUUUAAUGAAAAACUGGAGUAAAGGUCGUUAUUGUGUGGCCCCUAUUCUUAGGGGUCACACUGACAAAGUUAAUGCUCUUGAUUGUGAAGAGGAUUGUCUCAUCAGUGGAAGCUCAGAUAGAACUGUAAAGAUCUGGGAUCUCAGAACUUGUCAGUGUGUUACAACUGUAGAAGAUUUUUUUGACUCUGUGACAGCUGUGAAAAUAUUUGGAACUUCUGUAAUUAUUGGCUGUGGAGAUGGAACAAUUCAUAUCAUUACCUUAACCAGUGGCCAGAGAGAGAGAGUCUUGCCUGGACAUCAUGACAGUGUCAACCAUCUCUGCAUCCAGGGCUCUGUCCUCAUUAGUUCAGGGGCUGAUGCGUCUGUGUGUGCCUGGUCUUUGGUCUCCCAUGACUUGUUAAGACACAUGCUUGUUCACACUGAUGAAAUUGAGUGUAUGUCUUCCUUAGACAAUUAUGUCGUCACUGGUAGCUGGGACAGAACCAUGGUCUUGUGGGAUAUCAUCUCAGGAGCCUGUGUUCAUCAUUUGGUUGGCCACAGUGAAGUGGUGUCAUGUUGCCAGUUUGACACAAGCAAAAUUGUGAGCGGGAGUGCUGAUGGUGAUGUGAGAAUUUGGAGUUUUCUUACUGGCUUGUGCUUGCAUGUUUUAUCUGGCCAUAAAGGAGAAGUGUAUUGUGUGGCUUACAAUGCUGAUUGUAUCGCAUCAGGAUCUUCUGACAGUACAAUCAUACUCUGGUCUCAUGAGGGGAAGGUACAACACAUUCUCAAGGAACACAUGGGUAUUGUAAGAUGUCUACACAUCCAUGGUGAAAGGCUUGUCAGUGGGGGAGACCAGAGGAUGAUUGUUGUCUGGGAUUUGAAAGCUGGCAGAAAGUUGUCCACACUUCACCGUCACCCCAACAAACUUCACCUUAUGUGGGUUGGAGAGACUAAGCUGAUUACAGCCACACCAGAGAAAUCUGGCUGCAUGACUGUCUUAACAUUUUGGUAGCUCCAAAACUGGCAGAUUAAAAUAUUUGGAGAAAUGAAAAUCAGUUCCCAAAAAUUGUUAUUACAUCUACACCAGUGAAAUCUGUCUGCAUAACUGUCUCAACAUUUUGGUAACAUUAAAAUCUGGCAGAUUUGAAAAUUUUUUUUUGUGAAAUGAAUAUCCAGUCUCACAGAUUCCAAUCUUUGUUUUGUAUUUUUUUUUGUUUUGUUUUGUUUUCUUAUCAUUGAUCUUGUAAAUAACAUUUCAAUUUGACAUUUUGUUGUGGACCAUGCCCCAAGUAUUGAAGUGUUCUAGAUAUUUCAUCUUCUAGAGUUUAAUAAUUGCUAUUAUAAUUAAGUAACUGAUAUAUAGUAUAGUAGUCAGCUUAGUUCAUAUUUCUUAUACAGUGAAGUUAUUCUAACUCUUAAACCAAUGUCUAGAAUACCUGGACUAGAUUUCUUUAUCAAUUUGUGUUCACAAGCCUUGCUGAAUUGAACAACAUUUUUUGUUUUCAAUUCCAAGACAUUUCACAAAUAUUUUAAGAUUUGUCUUUAUUGAUCCUUAUUGGAGAUGUGUUGUCAUUACAAGGACUCUUUUUUUUUUUUUUCAAUUUAUAAAAAAAAAACAUUCAAUAAAAGAGAAGACGCAACACACAGAUAAGUUCAUUGAGUUCAAACCUUGUUUGAUAGUGAAUAAUAUUUUUUUUCUCAUCCUGUGUCAUGUUUUUAGCACAACAAUAAAUAAAUAAAAAUAAUAUUUUUUCCCCCUCAGAGCUCAAAGCUAAAUGUACACAUCUGUUUAGUUUUAUCAAGUCUGUUUUUAAAUUUUAAAAUAUCUACUUCACAUUCUGCUUUCUGCACUUUUUCAAUUGUUGUAAAAGUUUACCUGUGAUACUAUCAGUACUGAUCUGUGAUAUUGUCACUGUCUAUUUUGUGCAACAUUACUGAUCUGUGAUAUUGUCACUGUCUAUUUUGUGCAACAGUAAUGAUCUGUGGUAUUGUAUAUUUUGUACAACAGUACUGAUCUGUGAUAUUGUCACUGUACAUUUUGUACAAUUGUACUGAUCUGUGACAUUGUCACUGCAUAUUUUGUACAACAGUACUGGUCUGUGAUAUUGUCACUGUAUGUAUUGUGCAAAGUACUGAUCUGUGAUAUUGUCACUGUACAUUUUGUACAAAUGUACUGAUCUGUGACAUUGUCACUGCAUAUUUUGUACAACAGUACUGAUCUGUGAUAUUGUCACUGUAUGUUUUCUACAACAGUACUGAUAUGUGACAUUAUAAUUACAUAUUUUGUACAACAGUACUGAUCAGAGAUAGUUUUGUAGUAUUUGCGACUAUUUUAAGCUUUUAUGUUAUUCCUUAAAUAUAUUUUCCAAUUUUUCCUAUUUAUAUUUCUUUUAAAAUUGUUCAUAUUAUUUUUUGACAGAAGUUUCAGCAUUAAACAAUAUACAUACUUAUA